AUGAGCGACACAUCAGGCAAGGCCGGAGCACACUUUCGUUCUUCGGAAGCCCUUUCUUCGGAGGAGACGAAGCAUGCGGGACGCGCACUCUUCAGCGAAGUGGGCAGUCCUACGCCUGGUGACGCCUGCAACGGUGGCAUGACUUCCUCUUCGGUGCUCGCAUGGCCCGAUGGAAAUUUUUGCGCGCGUAAGGAUGACAAGGCUUUCGAGGGAGCCCCCACGCCGUGGGCACAGAUCAGAGCUGCGGAACGUUUUCGUGUCGCGAGACCACUCAUAGGCGAUGGGGUGUCCGUGGACGCUCAACCAGGCUUUGCCUUCACGUCCGACGACGAUGACUCGGUUCUCAUUCACCAGGCGGAUUCAAUGGACGCCGUGGGUCAACAAGACACGCCCGUUUCGUCCCGCCAUCUCGAGCGUGUGCUAAGUUUUGAGACUUUCACAGUCCCGCAUCGCUUACGGAAACGGGCGCUGCCCAUUGCAGCUGCUGGCAUGCUCGCAGCGGAGGAAAGGAGCCACAGUACAGAGAGCUCGACAGACCAACCGCAGGGCCUCCAUAAAGGCGGGAGACGACGGUUUCAAAGUGAAUGCUAUGCAGCGGACGGUUUCGCUCUGCAUCGCCGCCGGCGUUCUGCAGGUCCGCAUUCUGCAGACAGCAAGGCUCAGUGCGACGCUUUGCCCAGUGCUUUUUCAGGUGCACACACGCCGUUUGUGGAGCCAAAUGUUUCUUAUCAGCGGGACCCAGUGCCAGUAGCUGGCCGGCUCGAGGUCAAACCGGAGCGGCUAACAAGACUGGCAUUGCUCCACCGACAAAUAUGCGACAGAAGUUUACCAUUUCCCUUUACGAAUCGACGGGGGAGAGUGCGGUUCCCGAAUGAGACUCUUCCGCCCCGAGUGAUUCGGGAGCAGCUGCAUGGCCUGCGUCGUCUCUUUCGCCGCAUUACACAUGUGAUUAGGCAUACCACAUUCUUGUGGCAUGAGGAAGACGAUGACUCGCUGUUGGGUGACAACAUGUCGGAUCCGGGGGACCGGAAAGACAGUUACUGCGGCCACGGGAGGAAGGCGCCGUGUCCGGAUGCAUCGGACAAGCGCGCAGAGGCGCCGAGUUCGGAGCGGCAGUGCAGUGUUUCUAAGGAGAGCUGUCCGGGCGGAAGGCGCCGAAGCUGCAGCGCAGGCGAAUUAGAACUUUUCCUUAAAGCGUCGAAGGAUCAGGCAACUCAGCAUGGCGAAACAGUGAGAGCCGGAGCUGCACGCUUGGUGGCCACAGAGACGGAAGAAACGUUCGAAGACGACGGGGUCAUCACAGAGGACGUCCCUGAUCAAAAAACGAUGACGACCGCCGGCCCCACUGUCUGGGCCCAUAGCGAAGUCCUGAGCGACGAGAAGGACCCAACACAGCGCACUCGUGACAUGCCGUAUUUGACGCAGAAAUCCUGCAGUUUUGGAGCGGAACGCAGCCGGAGGCGACACGGGGAAGUUGAUCUUUGCUGCCUUCUUCGCCGACUCAUAACUGUGCUGCAGCACGGAGGGCCUGUCGCGCCCAAGGACGUUGCUCUUCGCCCGAAGGAACGAAAAAUACGCAGUUGGCUAGUCUCGACGGAGUCUACCAGCUCCCUGCCUUCUCCAAGUCUAUACGGCCAUCAGUACUCUGGAGAAAACGCAUGGCAGAGACAGACGGAACGAGAUCACAGGGAAGGAAGCACAACUUUUUCGUGUCCAGUCUCUGCUCUCGAUCUUCUCCCUUUGUCGUUUAUCAGAACGCUGCGCCUUCUUCUUGUCCAUCCCGAGGCGCAGUGCCGCGUUCUCGCCAUUGAAGCAUGCACGCACUUACUUGCUUCUGCAGUGCAGCAUCGGCGCUUCGCGUCUCUCCAGAUCCCAAAUAUAAUAUCGAAAGCUCUGCUUCGCGAGCCUGAGGUUUUGCUACAUCCGUGUUUUGAACAUCGACACAAAAGUGGAAUGUGCCCCUCACAAACAGGAAGGCUCGCGACGGACCGAAGAUGGCCCUCCGAACCGCAUGCGCCCCUUUCCUAUUCCGGAAUCGCCUCGUAUGGUGCGGCCGAGUGGAACGAGCCGUUGGCAGCCACAGUGUCAGCGACAUGCUCCAGCGCUCUGUUCUCUGAGCGAGAAGCAGCGCUCAUGUUCAUCCGGGUUUGGACCGCUUUCUGCCGCGCCGCACCCCGAGCUACGGAUACGCGUGGGAGAAAGCUUGCCGCGUCUAGAAGGGAACCUUGUGGUGCAUCCUACUGCCGGUGUGUCGAUCUGGACCUUUUCACUCGCCCUCUUCUCCCGGAUGUUUUCGUUUAUACGGUCACCGCCGAGGCUGCUGACACCGAAGAUGGUGGAACCGCCAAUAUGGCCGGAGCAGCACAGCCGAACCCCGCUCAUUUUCGGGCUGCAAGCACAGGCGGAAAAACGUCCAGCAGAAAUAUGCCACAUGCACACGUUGCACCAAACAGAGCAACUACAGCACGUCAAGCGGAGCAAGCGGUCAGGGGGAUCGAGGGAAAGGCCCACGCUACACUCGGGGCCGGAGGCGGCCAGCGACCUGACGAUAGCGGAGGCAUACACCAGGGAGGGCGAAAUCGGAGCUUGUUGACGCGUGAGAUACCCUCAGGUCUCCAGUGGAGGGUAGCGUGCUUGGAGACGAUUCUGGAGUUCGGUUUUCUGUGUCCGUGCAUUCUGGUGGAGACUAGAACCGCCGGUGUCCUUGUGGAUGCACUAACGGACGUUGAGGCGCAGGCCUACAACCCCAGGUUAGGCCCCUCCAUCUGCAUUUUCCUUAUUGGCCUUCUUUCCCAUCGGUACCCGGAAAGACUCCCGGAAGAGCCUUCAGUGUCUCCGCCUAACGACAGCAUGAGCACCUUGGCCUGCCACACAAUUUCACCAGUCGUCGGGGGGCGAGGUACGCGCUGGUCAUCCUUGAGCGAACAGUUUUCGUCGUGCCGGUACACAAGGAGUGUGCACGGGAAAGGCUGGCUCAAACAGGAUGCCGACACGGCGGUGAAAACGGUCCCGGAAGAUCGGUGCGUUUGUGGUCGCCCGCUCUCUUCUUCGUCCCGCAUCCAGCUCGAACAAACGUGUAUCACAGAGCUGUCGCGUCUUUGUGGCGUCGCCGUCGAGAUUGUCCAGGCGUGCGCGUCUGCAGAAACGAUUGCCGCUGCUGCUGGGACAGGGAAAGACGGCGCCGGACGUGGAAGAGUUCGGGGCGGGCCUGUCCACCAUCAAGCGGCACCGUUGCCCGUGUUUCAGUUUCGCAGGGCACCUGCUGGGGAUGCCGACGCGCCGACUCGAGGGCCGGGGGCUACGGCGACAGGCAAAUCACCAGCAGCAGGUUUUCCCGGUGCUCGCGGUCCGCCGAAAAACCAGCUUUUGGCUGGUGUGAACGUACCCAGUGGCGUUAUCUCCGCUCUCUGGUUGUAUCGGCGGUGGAUCUUAGUCUCGUCCGCACUGCUCUGUCUGUCCCAGUCUUUCUCGGCGUUGGUGGCGCUCUGGCGCCUACCCACGGGGCUGCCGUCGCUGGUGAGGCUUCUCGCCAGCCCCAUCGAUCCUUGCACCAUGUGUUGGAUUCUGCGCCUUUUCCACGCCAUGCUGUCUUAUGCAGUGGGCUUUGAGGGCCGCCGUAUGACGCUUGCCGAGUGCGACAGCCUAAGCAACCGGCAGAUCGACAAGCCGGCGAGGGAGCACCCGUCUGCACGCGCAAGUGGAUGCCGAAGAGAAGGUGCGUCCUCCCACGACGAUCGAUACUGGUCCUCUUCCUUGGUGCGAGAGCCUGCUGGGAUGGACGUUAUCAUGCGUAGACGGUUUCAUUCCGGAAAAGAGGACGAGAGACCGUUCUCUUGCCCCUGGGCUUCUGAUAACGGACACAGGCCGCCGUUUUCCGGCACCUCAAGUCCCAGACGAAGACCUAGCGUGUCUGGCCUCUACUCAAGUCCGUUUGGGUCGCGCGACCUAACCAGGGGCACAUCGGCACUCUCCGUUGGAAGCCCGUUCGGGUCGGGGUCUCCUGCGUCUCUCAGUCAAGACUACGGCAGGCCCAAUUGGUCGGAAGCGUCAGAUCCCGCGAGAAGUGCAUAUGCAGACAUGGCCUUUAGCUUCGCCUCCAGUUCCGGGGAGGCUCCCGCGGACAGGAGCGGGGGCGGGAGAAACCAAUCCCCCGGAAAAGCGCCGUAUCAUUUCAUCUCCUCGACAAACCAGCCAGUGACAAGAGAUAUUGUCCACACUCAUUCGCUUCUGGUUGCGCGCCUCAUGCUCCACGCCCAACUCCACGUCGUCCUUGCGGGCCUCUGCUCACUUCGCGAUGACCACCAUAGCCGUACCGCAGAUACACCUUGCUUGAUUCCUGUCAUUCCCUCCGAUGUGCAGUUCGUCCCGGAGACUCUGAAGAUCGACGUUCACGGGGUGACGGAGAUGUCAUCUUCCUUCGCACAGUGCCUCCUCUGCCUGGAACGGGGACCGGCCCCAAGGGGCAUCGCGGGGACGUGCAGCAACAGGGCAGACCUUCUUUCUGCGACCCAACGUCAGCGCUGCCUCAAAGACUCCGUGCUCGACACGCGGCUGCCCGGAUCCACGCUACACGAUUUAAUCCCUUUUGCCGCCAUCGUACGGACUGAAGCAGCGCACUUACUGUAUGCCCUCGUUCACACAGUUGCAGCCUACUUUCCGCUGCACCUGCUUCGCCACAAAUUGGAUGCCGAAACUGUCUUCCGGGAGUUACGGCCUCCUCCAGCUGGGGCGCCAAGUCGGUCCGCCUGGGUUGAUCGGGACCCGUCCACGAGAACAUCGAAGCAGAGCAGACAAGCUGGCCAGUCUUUGGAUGCGCAGUCGCAGGAAUUUUAUCGGUGUCCUGUCGAUGCCGAUUCGGCAUGGCCUCAGUCCAGGUGGCAGCAGAUGGGCCAAAUGCGAGGUUAUCAAGGCCCUCGUGAUAGACUCUCACAAAACAGAUGUGGGGGUCAGGGGGGGAACGAGCUGCAUCGCGCCACAAAUUCCGCGGACGAGCUGCGGUUGCGAAAACCUUUCGGCGAGAACUACCAGGCGAAUACGAGGUCGGAAACCGCGCCGCGGUCGGUCCACAACGUUGCGGGUUUGGACCACGUGUCCCUAGUCACGCUGUCAGAGUCUACGACACGAGCAGAACAGGCUUCGUCCUCUGUGUGGCAUGGCCCCCGAAAUUACCCCCGACUCCUGGCCUCUUGCUUCAAGAGAGGUUCUGAUUCGACGAGUCUGAGCGUAAUUUCGACGCUCUCUCUCCUGCACUUUGUAGCAGCCCCACCCGUGCGCUGUGGACUCCGCUCGCUACUUGCUGGUGGCAAGCUGGUAUGCAAAGGCGAAGACGAUGGCAUCUGCGGCUCCCUGCGCCUUCUUUUGCGGUGCGGGGACCCACGAAGAGCUCCGCAGGAUCAGACGUAUGACGGCCUGCUAUCGCAGUAUGAUCGCGAACCAACGCGUCGGGAUUUGGUGACGUCUUGGACGUUUGAUAGUGAGGACGAGGCCGGGGAGGCGGAUGUGGGAGAGGCGAGCUUCUUCGUUGCUCCGAACCCAGAGGGAGACUUGCAAGAUUCGCUGGCGGGCCUCAGAUAUUCCGCGAGACUCUCAGCGUUGACGGAGAACGGCGCAGGGGCGCCUGGCACUGCUGAGGCAGGUUGUGGCGCCUCGACCUACUCCGGGCCUGCCUUCGUGCAGCGUCCGUACCCGCAGCAGAAUUCUGAGGGAGGCACUCGUCAGGUGUGUGGCAAAUACAGUGUGACGACGCGAAUGACGCGCUGCCAACAGAAACGCAUCCGUCCGUCUCCGUCAUCCGAGACAGGCAUUUUGUAUGAUCGGCGUGGAGUUGCGGUGCACGGCAUCUCGACAUCUUCCCGGAUUCAGGAAGAGAUUCUUAGGCGUCUGGUGGUCAUGCACGAAGAGGAAGAAGGACAAACAAAGCACGUGGGAAGCUGCCCGACACUCAAGAUGCUCAGCGACGUCGUCCCGUACAUCUUCGGAGACAGUGCUCGCAUUGGAGGGAGCUGUCAAAUGGGAAGUGUCAAGAACAUCCAUCCAGGUCCUGGCAAUGAAAUUCAGUCUUCGGCGGGUGAAGGCGCUUCCUGCGUCGCCAAUGUAAGGGGCCGGCUGCAGGACCCCCAGACGUGCACUCCGAGCGUUUCCUGGAUGUCGGCCUUAAUCGAGCUCAUGAACGCUACUGGAGUUUUGCAGCACCCCGUUCAGAAUGCUGCCCUCUGGUAA